AGAGAAUUCUGUGGGUUUGGCGGGUUUCUCUGUCUUCCUAAGUAUUUGAUCAUCCCGCAGCCAACAGAGCUGUACAGGACAGGACGCUGAGAACCCGUCCCGGGGGAACACGCUGCUUUCAAUUACCCAAUGGCCACGCCCAUGGAGUUUAAAACUUAUGUAGAUCAGGCAUGCAAAACUGCUGAGGAAUUUGUCAAUAUUUACUAUGAGACAAUGGACAAGAGAAGACAGGCACUAAACAGGCUGUAUCUGGACAAGGCCACUUUAGUAUGGAAUGGAAAUGUUGUAACAGGGCUGGAAGCCCUGACUAAGUUUUUUGACUCAUUGCCUUCUAGUGAGUUUCAGGUCAAUAUGCUAGAUUGCCAGCCAGUUCAUGAGCAAGCUACUCAGGCCCAGGCUACAGUUCUUGUGGUGACCAGUGGAACUGUGAAGUUUGAUGGAAACAGACAGCACUACUUCAACCAGAACUUCCUGCUGACUGCUCAGUCUACUCCUAACAAUACCGUGUGGAAGAUUGUAAGCGACUGCUUCCGUUUUCAAGAUUGGGCUAGUUGCUAAAGGGGGCAAAAGUCCAUUCUCUUUUGGUCCAUUAGUUCCAGCAGUAGAAACUUAUAAGAAGUAGUUCAUUGCAUUGUGGAAGCAUUAAAAACUAAUAUGUGCUGAAACUAAAUUUCUUUAAUAUUUUUUAUUCCUAGCGGCACCUUUUCUAGCAGCUGCCAGUUUAGAUCAUUGCCCUUAAGAGCUUUAAUGUUAGUUUUCUACAUGCCUUAUAUACGUUUCACUAAUGACAUUCUUACAGUAACAUUAAACCCAUGGUCUCUGUACUAAUAUACUCACUGUGAGCCCAGUGUAUUGCAAAAAUGAAAUCCUUUUAUAGUACUGUCUAUGGGAUAUCAGCACAAUGUAGCUCUCUGCAAGGAAGCUGGAGUGUUUUUUUUUUUAUUAGGCUAAUUUUGUAGUACAACAUGUACCUAUUUUUGGUAAACACUGGUAAUGCAGUUUAAAUAUGAGGCUUUUUCAAAUCAGUUCAAUGAACACAUUACUAAUUUAGGUUUACAUAAGUACUCUGACAUACUAGAAUGGCAUGUAGAGAUGUUCAGUAGUCUUUUUAUGUUAAGUAAUGUAGGUGUUUUUUUUUAUGUUGGCAUGUUUUCUUAAGUGAAUUAAUCUACUAGAGAGGUGUAAAAUGUUCUUGAUUGAUACCUGAGUGUUAGAUACAAUCAGUGGCUUAAAAGCAAAACUUCUUUUUUUUGUUUGUUUUUUAAUUUUUUAUUAGUUUCUGCUUUAUAACAAAGAGGAUCACUCAUACAUAUACAUCUCUUCCCAUAUCCCUUCCCUCUUGCGUCUCCCUCCCUCCCACCCUCCCUAUCCCACCCCUCCAGGCGGUCACAAAGCACCGAGCUAAUCUCCCUGUGCUAUGCGGCUGCUUCUUAAGAAAGCUUUUUCUUGGCAGCUCCAGGUCUGUCACUUUACAUAGUAAGUCGUAGUAGUACUAAGAGUUCUAAUGGGAGAAUGAGAAGUGAGAAGUGUAGAGAUCCGAGGUUGGCCAAAAGCAAGGCGGGGUGGCCAAACGGUACACUUUUGGUACUUGUUUCUACCUCUACCUUCUAAAAAUGUAGCCUAAUUUUAGGAUUUAAGUCAUUAAAGUAAUAAGUAUCCUAACCAAAUGGUCACGAAGGCCACUUUUGUUCUAAGAAUUAUUUUUAAAGAUUUUUCCAGUUCACCUCAUACUUUUCACAGUAUAUGUCUCCAUUUAUUCAAGAACUUAUGGGGGUGAAAUGUCAGCAAUAAGCCUGACCCUGCAACAGGGUCCGACAGGAAAGUUGGAAACAAAGCCAUCACUCCCUCUUUGGGACCCUUAACUUCUAAGUCUUCCAUGUGAACUUCAGGCCAAAAGUCUCCUAUGUACUACCCACCCCCAAAGUGAGUGAUUUGUUCUCUGUGUUUACACUGUCAACUGCAUGGUCUUUUUACUACUUAAAAUUAUUUAAUCUCAUGAUUUGUUCUUCCAUAUGGCAUUGAGCAAAUAGAUCUGUUAUAAAACAUGUUCCUGGUAUGUGGCUAACACUUUGUCUUUUUAGAGAAAACAGAACAGCAGAUCUUCAUAAGCCCAUAAACUUCAAAAGAACCAGUUCAUUCAUUUUAUGUCUCAACAUCUAAAGAGAAAUCUAGCUUUGGUUUUUGGUUAAGCUUUAAAUGUUUCUCCAUUCUUGAAUUUAUUGUUUUCAUGUUUUUACACUAGGUGUGCCAGCUUUGUUUCUACAUUGCAACUCAAAGUUAAUGUUUCUUGUCAUUUAAUUUGAAAAUUGGUGAUUCAUUUACUCUUGUCGCAAACUACACAUUACAUUUCUGAUAUAUUAGCAAAAUAGAAUUAAGUAGAAGGGGAUGGAACUGAAAUUUAGACCACACCUUCCUACCUUCUUGUAGUACUGACUAAAAUUUACACAUUAUAUUCUACUCAAAGUAAGUUUAUUCUAAUUUUGGAUUGGCUUUUUAAAACCACAGCUUUAGAAAAAACAAUCAGAUUGCCCAAAUAUUGCCCUUUCCCUUAAGAGGAACAGUUUCAAGUAAAAGCUGCAUAUAACAAGCAAUAACUAAAAUGAGUGGUUGUAUACUGUUCAUAAAUUCAGUGUUUUAAGACUUGUAUAUGAGUUGCUUUUUCCAAAUUCUGUAUAACUUUUAAAUGGCUGGAACUACUCUUACAUGGACUAGACUGUAUUUUUGACA